AUGGGGGAGAUCAUGGUGAGACUGCCUGUAAAAUCCUUGCUUCGGUUCAAAUGUGUAGCCAAAUCCUGGUAUGCCCUCAUCACUGACCCUUCUUUUAUUGCCAAACAUCUUGAACGGUCCAAAUCUAUCACCAAUGGCCGCAGCCGUAAGCUUAUCUUCUAUGGCUACCGUGUGGAUAGGCCACCCUACAUAACCCUAAUUUCUAAAGACCAACCUUAUUGUGUGCCCCAGUAUUUAGAGCCUCUCCCCAGGCUAUAUUGUACAUUCUAUGGUCAAUGCAAUGGAAUUUUUUGUCUCCAUGUCUUGGACCCCACCGAUGUCAAUGAAAACGUAGAUCACGAUGAUGGGGAUGAGGGUAACUUAAUUCUUUGGAACCCAACCACAAAAGAGGAUAAGCUUAUUCCGCUACCCCAAUGUCAACCCAAAGCCAUAUUUUCUAACAUGUUUGGAUUUGGGUUUGAUCCCAUUACAAAGGAUUACAAGGUUGUUCAAGUUUCCCAUCCUCCUUUGGAGGGAGGAGUACGUCUGGUUGAAGUAUAUAAUCUCAGUACUAAUUCUUGGAGGAUGCUAGAUGUUGUUGUCCCAGCAGCUUUUGAUUUCUAUGUCGAAGAUUGUAAGACUUAUUUGAAUGGUGUUUAUCACUGGUAUAUUUAUGACCCGUCUGGAAUCAGAAAGAACUUUAUUCUGAGCUUUGACUUUACCAGAGAGGUGUUUGGGACGAUCCAAUUGCCCUCUGCUACUGAUUCUUAUUACUGUGGACACAAUGUUUUUGUGCUUGAUGAGAGUCUUGCUAUUCUUCAACAUGACUGGGAGACUCGGAAAUCUAAGAUUUGGGUGAUGAAAGAGUAUGGUGUUGAGAGUAGUUGGACUAACAAAUUUGACGUUGAACGCUUCCAAAGUUUGCCUCCAUCUUAA